GGUUAGUGGUACUAUGGUUAGUGGAUCUGCUGGUGUUAGUGGUACUGCUGGUGUUAGUGGUACUGUAGUUAGUGGGUCUGCUACUACUACUGCUGGUGGUGGGAGUUUGAGCAGUGGGGUUACUGGUAAGACUACUCUUCGCUCGUCUAGUAGGACGUCCAAAGCUGCUUCUAAGACGAAGAGUUUGACUCAGUCGAUUGUUACUGUUACUGCUGGUGCUUAACGAUUGGGGCGCAAGGGGAUCGGAUGAAUAUGGAUGGCAAUUGAAGCGCGG